AUGAACACCAUCUCAACCCAAGCCACAAAUGGGUACCCCGAGGUCCCCAGUCCGCCAGCCCCGGGAAGCCAGCAGCAGGAGCAGCCAACAUGGCCCUCGCAGUCACAAGCCGCCACAAACUUCAGCUUCCCGCAAGCCAUGCUGCCCAUCAGGAUAGACACGCAAGCCGAGUGCCUGCCGAUGCACCAAGGCGGAGGAUCCCGGGCCGUCGCCACCAUCAUCAUCGGCGCCAGCGAUCACGACGGCAAGGCCAGGAGCCGGGGGCGUGACAGCAUGGACAUCGACGGCGAGGGGUCGGAGGCCGAGUGCGGCGGCCGCCGCGGGGCGCGCGAGCGCACAGCCAAGAGGGUGGCCAAAAAGCUGGCCAAGCGCGAGGUCGAAAGGCAGCUGAAGAAGGCGUUCACCAGCAAGCGGCUCGGGAAGCUCAUCAAGGAGCACGUGGACCAGCACAUCCGGGGAAUGGACAGCGAGCCCGAGGAGGCCGGAAGCGAGGCCGGGGGCUCGUCCGCGUCUUUGAGCUCGGCGGAGGCGGCGCCCUCCCGGCAGCAGCACCCGUCAAGCACCCACGUCCCAGAGCACUCAGCGGCAAUGCGCGGCGGCGGCGGCGACAGGGUCCACAUCUCUACUCCUUUCCGCUCCCCUCAAACGCUUUCGCCCAGCAGCUCCUCCUCUGGCCGCAGCUUCACACCCAACAGCCCCAUCGCCAGGUUCAGCCAGCGCGGUAGGGGACGCUUCACGGCACGGCCUUACGGCGCCCACGAGCGAGCCAGCGGUGGCGAGUUCGCGCGCGAAACUUGGCGCCAGGGGGCAUACGGGGACGGAUAUCAGUCGAGAGGCGCGGCUGGCAUCUUUGGGCUGGCUGGUGGUGAUGGUGGCAGGUCGUACCAGACAUUCAGAGAGCAAAACGAUGUCGAUAUGAGCGACGACUGA